AACACCGAAAAUGCCAAAACAGAAAUAAAAAUGUUCCAACCACCAGCGCCCUCUGUAUUUACUGUCAUCCCAUAUCUGGCAUUUUAAUUUUAGAAUUUUUGGCAAAAAUAAUUCCAACAUUGGGCGCAUCCCCCAAACUCCAAAAUGUCAAAACCAGGAACCUCUUCAGAGACUCAAAAACAAAUAGCCCUUAAAACCUGGGAAAUAGCCAACAAAGUCGAAAUGGUCAACUCAGUCGACGACAUUUACAGAUACGACAAAAAGCAGCAACAAGACAUCCUCGCAGCCAAACCCUGGGAAAAAGACCCCCAUUUCUUCAAAGAUAUCAAGAUUUCGGCGUUGGCGCUUCUCAAAAUGGUAAUGCACGCUCGUUCUGGGGGCACUCUCGAAGUGAUGGGUCUAAUUUUGGGAAAAGUUGACGGUAAUACCAUGUUUGUGAUGGAUUCGUUUGCUUUGCCUGUUGAGGGGACUGAAACACGGGUAAACGCGCAAGCACAGGCGUACGAGUACAUGAGUUCGUAUAUAGAAGCGGCGAAGUUGGUAGGAAGACAGGAAAAUGCAAUUGGGUGGUAUCAUAGCCAUCCAGGUUAUGGUUGUUGGUUGUCUGGGAUUGAUGUAGGGACUCAGAUGUUGAAUCAGAAUUUCCAGGAGCCGUUUGUGGCUAUUGUGAUAGAUCCGGUGCGCACGAUUUCGGCAGGGAAAGUAUGUUUAGGGGCUUUUAGGACGUACCCUAAGGGGUAUAAGCCCGCGAAUGAAGAACCGUCGGAGUACCAGACUAUUCCUUUAAAUAAAAUAGAGGAUUUUGGGGUACAUUGCAAGCAAUACUAUUCUUUGGAAGUUUCGUAUUUUAAGUCGUCACUCGAUAGACGGUUGUUGGACUCACUUUGGAAUAAAUAUUGGGUGAAUACUUUGAGUUCUUCCAGCUUGUUAACAAACGCUGAUUAUACGACGGGGCAAAUUUUCGAUUUGAGUGAGAAGUUGGAACAAUCGGAGGCUGCUAUAGGACGUGGAGGGUUUAUAGUUGGAGGGACGGAUCCUCAUGAGAAGAGGACUGAAGAUAAGUUAUUGAAAGCGACGAAAGAUAGCUGCAAGACCACGAUUGAGAUUAUUCACGGAUUGAUGGCGCAGAUGAUCAAAGACAGACUUUUCAAUAGCACUUCUCUCAAUAAUACAUCAAAUUGAUUUGGUUUCCUGUUUUAAUUUUUUAAAUCUUAGAAUAUUUAUUUCUGUAAGUUGGCAAUUGGAGUCCGCGUGUAUUCUUGGUUGCCUAUAUAAUACUAAAUAAAUUUUUACUUACACUGG